CGCAACUUGCCAUUCGACAGCAGGUGAUUCGGAAACAAUGCAGUUUCGUUUUCUCGCUUAAUCAUUUCUCGAGGACAUAAGUCGGCGACAUCCAUAUGUCCGAGGAAUUCGUGUCUGUCUGCGUGCGAUGGAAUCGAGAGCCUAGCGACUGUAUUUGCGGGUGUAUAAGAAAUGAAGAAAUGGUCUGCUGAGCUUACAAGGGCGAGCUCAGUUAGCUCAUAUGCCGUAAACGCGCGCGGUAGCUACCGCACGCGUACAGUGUACUAGAAUAGGGGUAGUACACUGUACGCACGCGUCUCGUCGCCCGUAGAUGAGUUGAGAGAUGAGUUGAGAUGGGUGUUCUGUGGUGACGCAUCGCGGAAGUUGCGUCGUGCUCGAGGAUGUUCAGCCUGUGAGACACGUACGCGGUGAUAGGCGAUAACAAAUUCCGGAGCGCAUGCAGCGAGUAAUUUGUUGUGCACCGUUAACUCGCUCCGCGCUCUGUUAAAUUUGUGCUCUUAAAGUAUGCCCGACCACUUUGCUGUGGAGCUCUGCAAACUUGUGCAGCGCUAUCCAGAAAUAUAUGACAUAGGUCACGAAAGAUUUCACAGCGAUGAGGCUAAGAAGAACGCUUGGAAGACGAUCGCGAGAGAUCUUGGACUGCAGCAACCGUCCAAAUGCGAAAUCAAAUGGAAGUUCAUAAAACAUCAGUUCGUCAAGGCAAGGAAAGAGAACAACACGGCUUGGGAAUUGUGGCCCUUCCUCGGGUUUCUUCAGACAGCAGCUGAAAGGAGUUCACCAGGCAAGAGCAGCCAGAAAGGGGCAAUAAAGAGAAGUGCAACCAAGACUGCUGGCUCGAAUUGGACUUCUUUGCUGCGAACUGAUAAACUCAUUGUUAUGAAUGAAGGUGCCCUAGAAUGUGCCACAGCUGGAAAGCCAUUACAUCCUCUGACUCUGACUAUCUUCCAUGAGCCACCAGCGCCCAAGACCACACCUGUGCUGCCCACAGGAAGUGCAAAGGAGCCAGAUGUUUUGCUUAUUAUACCUCCCAGUAUAAAAAGACGUCUGUUAAAGAACAAAGAGAGUCCAAGGCAAGCACAUGCAACAUCGCUACCACACACCACGCAGCAGCCCACAAUUAGCCGCACACCUCCUGGAAAACGAAGGUUGGAACUUGGUGAAGCAAUUCAAGAACAGCUGGCAGGAAGCUCAAAAGCUGAGGCACCAUCUCCAAAGCAUCCAAGAACUCAGAGAAGCAGCUUUGGUGCAGAUGACAAGGGUCCCAGUGGCAUGAACUGUGCUAGCACAUUGCACCUUAAGUUCUUUGAACAAGUGCAAGAGAGGUUUAUGAGACUCAAGCCAGAAGUAGUGUGGACUAUGAAGGCUACCAUUCUCAGUAUGCUUGACAAUGCUGCUAAGUCUUGAAAACAAACAGCAAGAACUACAUAUCACAUUUUUUGGUAAGACUCGAUGGUCCCAGACUUCCAUGGUGAAAAAAAAAGAAGAGUAUUAGUAAAAGCUGCCAUUAGCGACGUUACCCAACAAAAUUGUGUUUUCAAAAAGAAAAAAAAAUAAUAAUUACCACAUGCUUGAGUUGCAAGAACAAUGGAAUGCCACAUCAUUAAAGAAGCGGCAUGAACAAUUUCAGUGAGCACCUUGAAAAUGCAAGUGCACAAAAAUGAAUGAUGCAGUAGCAUUAGUCGAGCACAAUAAUAGCUUAGGAAGGCAGUAAUUGUGCUUUGAAAAGUCCCAUGUUUCUGCCAACAUACAGUCAUUCACAAACUAACUGAAGAGCAUGGGCUGCAAGCUUGGAAUCUGUUCCAUAAUUGUGGACAACUGUGCUGUAAAAAAUGUGUGUUAUGUAGGAAUCCUAAAUUGUACAGUAGGGUUAGCGACAAAAGUGGCUGCUGCAUUCCACAGUGAGCUUGGCUACAAAUGCAUACAUGGCUACAGGUGCAUAUUAAAGAAGCUCAGGCGGUCAAAGUUAAUGUGGAGCUCUCCGCUAUGGCAUUUCUGUGGUAUGUUGAACCCCAUUUGUAAGGCAGAAAUAUGUUGCAUCGAUUAUGCUACUAACUCAGUCGACCCUUCUGGAACCUUCGACCCAGGAAUCGUUAAAAUAUAAUGGAACUGUUUUUACAUUUUGUAUCAUACCUACUGCAACCUGAUAACCUCCAGCAUAUGGUGACUAAUGGCAUGCCACUGUGCCAGGUAUACAGGUCUCUCAUCAGUUGAAGGGCCCCUCACCAGGUUUGGGCAUUGUAAAGAAACUAGUGUGUUGCGUAGAUUACAUGCUGACAAUCAUGCCUACAAGGUAUUGCACGGACAUAUGCCAUGAGAACAGCUGCAAAUUCAAACAACAGCCUGUGCACCCUCGCUUUUGAGCUAGUCUCGCUGUCUGGCAGAACACUGUCACACCAAAUGUCUACAUCAUUCAACACAGAAUGCGCAAAGCUGCUACCAGAGGUGCGCCGCACAGCAAAAAAUGAGAAAAAAUAAUUCGCCAGAACCCACCUCAUAAUGACUGUUGACGGUAAUGCAUUUAGCAUUGAAUCAAUCUAGCCAACCAACGUAUUGCCAUUGUCGAAACGAGUUAUGUACGAGGUGAGACUGCAGUGGGAUUCCCCUUUUGCACUUGGCACCGUCUAGCGCUGCUGCUGAGAAACGUUUCUUUUUGGACAUGCUGCGCCACCUAGUGGCUUUGCUGAGAAGUCUGCUCGUGGCCUCCGAGACGUGAAGCGUGGCGCGCCAGUGCCUGCAAAAACUGAGAAUUGUUCCCUCGCUUGCCGCACACUCAGUGAUCCAAGUCGGCAAGAUGUUCAUCGAAGAGCGGCACAUACCCAGUGCGUUCAUGGCACAGCUUGCUAAAGCUUUCGCGUGAGAGAUGUUCAUUGAAAAGUGGCACAUACCCGGUGAAGUGAGUUUUGAUGAGCACACUUGCUGGAAAGUGCAUUCUACGAGUGUCACUAAACCUUUCCAUGUGAUUGCCUGCGAACAACAUUAACAGCGAAGUGCCCUCGCCCAAAGCGACACUAAAUUUGCCUGUUUUACAGGGGUAUCAGCUAGAAUUUGCAGAAAAAUAAGUAGAAACAAGUUGGCUAUGCUCUUUCUGAACACAUGAGAGGGAUGUAAACACGAAAUAUUUGAAAUCCUGAAACUGGUUAAUCGUGAGCAGUGUUACUUUUUCAUACUGAAAAUAAAGCCGUGAAAGCCCACACAUACUCUUUUAUUAUUUGGAAAAACCCACCUUGUCCCAAAAUGUCGGCUGCUUCCAACUUUAAAAAUAAUGAACAAAAACUCAUCUACAGGUUCAUUCUUGGUGUAGCUUUUAUUAAACUAAGGUGCUUGAAGUUUUGAGUAGCAUUUCUGCAGAAGACACCGACUUUGGAUUUAUUGUGGAUAAAACUGGUGGUGGGGGGUAACAGAGCCCGAAAAUGUGGUAUUAAACUAAACUUCAUGCAAAUUAAAAUUUGUGCAGAGAUCUGCCAGCGGCUUAGCAGGAAGAGGGAUGUACACCUGAUGCUCCUAUUUAUGAAGCACUCCGUAUUUGUGUUUGCAUACUUCGUUUCUCACACCCUUUCUUUCAUCCCUGUUGAAGCCUUAGAGAUUAAAAAGCUGGGUGAAUCUUGUGUCAGCAUGCCGUCAGUCAUGCUCUCAGAGAAAGACAUCAGAUUCCUUACAGGAAUCAUUUUUCAAGCGUAGUAGCUAGGCUUGACCAUGUGAUGCUCUUUCGUCUCUCUUAUAUUUUCCUAUCUUCUGUUUAUUCAUGUUCAGCCAGUACUUAUUCUGCGCAUUCAGUGAAUAAACCUUCAGUUGUUAGUGUGCCCUGCGUUCUUUGUCUAGUCCCUUGUGUUCUCUGGCGCUGUUUUACUACGGAUAUGAACCAACUAGCCCAAAAAUACGUCUUGUUCAGUUGUGUGGUUUUGGGCUUGGUUAUUCCCAGCUACAGCAGCUGUAUUUCAAUUAGGAAGAAUGCAAAAGCAUCUAUGCACAAGACUCGCAUGCAUAUUUAAAAACCCUACGUGGCAAGGUUACUAGAUAGCACCAUUGUGGAGUCUCCCAUAGCCCCAUCAUAGCUUUGCAUUGCUGAGUGUCUAUAUAAAAUAUGUUUGGUUGGUACACUGCAUAUGUCUAAAAUAUCAAAUAUCUAUGCUUACCUUGUGCAUACCUUCACGAAGUUUUUUUUACCCCUUGUAUGGCCACCAUUAUGAACAGCUGGACAUUCUAGAAUGACAGGCAUGAUAGCAUGCUGGGCAGUGGUCAACUUAAAAUAAUGCCUUUGGCGGAUCUCAACGUGUAGAACUGAAGACAAGAUAGUGGC